AUGGGCGCCAAGCAAAAGGGUGGUGGCUCGAAGCCAAAGAACCAGGCGGAUGAGGUCGAGGAGACACUUCAGGCUGUGGUGCUUGCCGAUACUUUCGAAACCAGAUUCGAGCCUUUCACUCGCGACAAGCCACGGUGUCUACUCCCUCUCGCCAAUACCCCACUCAUCGAAUACACCCUCGAGUUCCUCGCGAACGCAGGCGUCGAAGAGGUCUUUCUAUAUGCCGGCGCUCAUUCAGAUCAGCUAGAGAAAUACAUCAAUACUUCGAAAUGGCGGGCUCCAUCCUCACCCUUCAAGCAAUUGACCUUCCUCAAGUCCACCUCCACCUCCGUCGGUGAUGUCAUGCGCGAUCUCGACGGCAAGCAUCUCAUCACUGGUGAUUUCAUCGUGGUCAGCGGCGAUGUCAUCAGCAACCUGCCCAUUGAGGGCGCUCUCACCAAGCACCGCAAGCGUCGCGAGACCGAUAAGAACGCCAUUAUGACAAUGGUCCUCCGCGAGGCGGGCCGCAACCACCGCGCCAAAUCCUCCUCCAUCUCCCCCGUCUUUGUGAUCGAUCCAACCAAGGAUCGUUGUCUGCACUACGAGGAGAUCGACCACCACUCCGACGAGCACCCGGCACGCUUGAACAUCGAUUCUGAUAUCAUUUUGUCCACACCCGAACUGGAUAUCCGCCAAGACUUGAUUGAUUGCAGCAUAGACAUUUGUACGCCUGAUGUGCUGAGCUUGUGGUCCGACAGCUUUGACUACCAGUCACCCCGGAAACACUACUUGUACGGAGUUCUGAAGGACUACGAGCUGAACGGCAAGACCAUCCACACAUACAUCAUUAAAGAGGACUACGCCGCGCGGGUACGCAACCUGAAGGCCUAUGAUGCUGUCAGCAAGGACAUUGUCUCUCGCUGGGCUUACCCCUUGUGCCCGGAUACCAAUCUCCUCCCGGGACAUACUUACAGCCUCCGCAAGGGCAACUUGUACCAGGAGCAGGGCGUCACAUUGGCUCGCUCGUGCGUGCUCGGCCGACGUACUGUGAUCGGUCGGGGUACUAGCAUCGGCGACCGGACAACGGUGCACAGCACAAUCCUCGGACGGAACUGCAAGAUUGGCAAGAAUGUCCAGCUGGAUGGCGCGUAUCUCUGGGAUAAUGUCGUGAUCGGCGAUGGCUCGGAUGUCCGCGGGGCUAUCAUUGCCGAUGGUGUUGUAGUUGGCAAGAACUGUUCUAUCGCGCAGGGCGCUCUUCUCUCCUACGGCGUUAAGAUCGCCGAUGGUGUGAAGAUCGAGAGUGGCAAGCGCAUCACCCGGUCUCGGCCUGAUGGGAGCGUGGGCACCAGUGACCCCGAGGUUGUUGGUGAGGGCGGCGAAGGUUACGAGUUUAUUCAUGGCGAGGACGAAGAGGAGGAAGAUGAUAUCAGUGUGGCCUCGUCAGGCUUAGUAUACCGCAUGCCGGGUCUUUCACUAUCCAAUGCCUCCAUUUCCACCCUGUCCUCCGAGGUUUCCGAAGGAUCCUGGCCCCGAUCCGGGCGGUCCAGUUUCUCGGAUGGCGAAGAGCAGGACAACUUCCACCACGACGCCUCUGUCAGUGUCUUUGACAGUCUGCGCGAGGGCACAUCCGCCGACGUGGUGCAGCUCGAGCUAGUCAGUCUGCGUAUGACCACCAACGCCUCCGAUGUGCAGGUUCGACGCGCCGUGGUCUCCUCCUUCAUGAAGUACAUCCAACAAUUGAUGGAGGGCGGCAAGGGAGCCGGUGAAGCCGUGAAAGAGGUCUUCACCAAGUACCGCGAGGUCGUGGACCGCACUCUAUUCGACCGGAAAAAGGAGGUCAAGAAGGACCAGGUGGACUUCCUGCUUCAAUUGCAGCAGGAUCUGGUGCACCGGAACAAGGGUGCUAGUAUCCUACUGUUUACGGCGAAGGAGCUGUAUGAUCUGGAGCUGGUGGAUGAGGAGGCCUAUGAGCAGUGGUGGGAUGAUGAGCGGUCUAGUAGUACGGAGGAGAUGAGGACUGUGCGGGCUCAGACGCAGCAGUUUGUGGAUUGGUUGGCGAACGCUGAGGAGGAGAGUAGUGAAGAGGAUGAUGAUGAUGAUGAGGAGGAGGAGGAGGAGGAGGAGGAGGAGGAGGAGGAGGAGGAGGAGGAGGAGGAGGAGGAGGAGGAGGAGGAGAGUGAUGACGAGUAG